GGGGUAAACCAUUUCACUCCUCUUCGCCACACUGUGUAACAGGCAACGGGAGAAAAAGCUCCCCGAGUGCUGCUGGAAGUUGAUGACUAUGUGUGAUGCUCAGACCUCAACAUCGUUUUUCAAUCAGAGUUUUUAAGAUCUGCUUAUGCCAAUGGUUUUACCACACGUAGAAUGGGAUUAACUUGGUCCGGCAAAUAUAUCUCACUGUUUCUUGCUGUUCAGUUAGUUUAUCUGCUACAUGCGGUGAGAGCAACGGGGAAAUGUGAUACAGUAUUCAAAGGGUUCUCCAAUUGCUUGCUGAGACUGGGGGAGAAUAUGGCUAACUAUCCACAGGAGCUGGAUGAGAAGGAAAAUCUACAGACCAUCUGCACAUAUUGGGAUGACUUCCACUCAUGUGCGACCACUGCGCUGGUGGAUUGCCAAGAGGGAGCCACAGACCUAUGGGAGAAGCUCAAAAAGGAGUCCAGAAACUUAGAGUUCCGAGGGAGCUUGUUUGAACUCUGUGGCGGGGGGAACGGGGCCUCCAAAUCCACAGUCGCUUUAGGUCUCAUCAUACUUCUAACGGCACUUUCCGCCUUAGUGACUUGGCUUGCAUUUUAGCAAAAACAAACAAAGAAGAAGAUAAAAGGAAAAAAAAUGCUAGCUAUUGACACAAAAAUACAAAACAAAAGAGACGUUUGAAUUCAUUUACAACCAAAUGGAUUAUACUUCAUCCGGGGAAGGCGACCUGAUUUUGCUAGAGACAUUGGCGGGUCGUCUUCCGGGACUGGUGCACCAUAUUUGUCUGACCUGGGGUCAAUUACAUUACAUAUUUAGCAGGUAUUGAGUUUAAAUUAUGAUGACAUUUAGAUGGAUCCUCGCCCGUUUACUAUUAAAGUCGACGAAUAAUGAUUUAUAUUAGUAGCCUAGGCCUUGACAUCUGUUAUUUCAGGUGAUUGCAAGCUGCUCAUACUCUGUAGGCUAAUGCGAGGCGCGCUUAGCCCAACGAAAUCUCCAGAUCGCUCUCCAAUAUUCACCAUUUAGAUAUGUUAUUUACUUUACUUUGCGAAAUGUAUCAUGUCGAGCCAAGUAUAAAUGGAAAGGGUUGUUUGAGGAUAUGAUGUUUCUACUUUCACACGAUACUAAUAGCCUAACUAUCACCCUAGAAAAAAAUACAUGUAAAAUAGCAUAGCAAUACGAAUGAAAAGAAAGAGUACUCCGGAACGACUACAAGCAUUCAAUGGUAGUUUGGUUAUUACGUGAAAAGUAGCGUAUGCCAAUACGAUGACAAAGUUGGUCAAUGUAGAGAACGAAAACAGUGGCUGGAGAGUGAUAUGACUGUUGCCAUUAUGUUGGCGCUUUACCCAUCAAUUUACGAACAAAUAUAAGUUACCCGUGGGGUAUAGUGUAAAAGAAACCCUACUUUCCCAAAGUAGGCUACAGUAGCACGGGAACACAGAACGCGAAAUCAAUAGCUGGACGAAAGGAAAUUAAGCUAGCUUUAUUUGAUGUUGCAUAGACCACUUUUUACUGCCUUCAAAAUAUGUGUAUUAUGUUUGUUUGUUAUGUUGCGUAUAAUACCUGACUAUUUCAAAUCAUGUAAGUAAAUAAGAGACUAUGUAUAUCAAAGGAAUUUUGAAAAGAUAUAUACUAAUACUUUAUCCCAAACAUUUAAAAAAUAGAUAGAUUAUUAUAUAAAAAAUCUGAUUGCUAAAAGUACGAAGAAUAUUAAAUAAAACAGUUCAUGUUUGAAAAUAAGUGUGUGGUUCAGAUUUUAACAUGUUACUAUUUGUAGUUUUGUUCCAAAAUGUGUAGCCUACAUUAUGCUGCCAAAAUGUGUACAUUGGUACUGUGUAAAACAGCAUAGCUGAUUUUGACCUAGCUCAAUGAUGUUGACAGGUGUUUUUGGCAACAAGAUAUUUGGGUGUUGGGUUCAUUCAUGGCUUUGAAGCAAACGAGAUGAAGCAGUCAAUCAUUUACUAUUCACUCGAACACACACACUGAGUCACUUCAUUGAUUUAGGGAGAGAAAGCAGAAGGCCAAAUUGCUGUUUGUCUUUCUGGGCAAAAACGUAAAAUCUCAAAGCGACUGGCUAAUGUGGCUAUGAAAAACAGAAACUGUCUAGGAAAAAUAGAAACAUUGAAACAGGCUACAGUAUUUAGAAGAAAAAUACUUAUUUAAAUAUGUCCAAUAAAGUAUCCUAAUAUGCAAAAGAUGAAUUGAAAUCGAGAGUAGGAGUGGCAGGCGACAGGCGUUUGCGUUGCAUGAACCUUAACGAUUAAUAAAAAAUAUGUCCCUAAGGAAUGAACGUUGUGGGCUUCAGCACGUGAUUAUUUUUAUAUUUAGGUCUAUGUUAAAAUGUGGUAAAGCAAUAUGAAAUACAUAUAUAUAUUUUUUUCACUAAUAUUGUUCACACGUUUCGUCAAUCAGAAGCUCAUUGGUAUUUCCUUUCCCCAAUGGAAUACACAUUUGAUUUCAAAAGCAUGCAUUAAUAUGGAUGAAAGCUGUAUGAAUGACUGUCUCUCCUUCCAAGAAGAGAAAGAAACCUACAAACCUGCCUCUAUUUUUCAUUUAUUUUAUUUUAGCAAAAUUAUGAAUUUGCAUGCAGUUUUUGUAGAUUAUAUAUUUUUUUAUCGGUAGGGCCUAUAACUACACGCCUAUUACGUCAUACCCCCCCCCCCCCCCCUCGAAAUAACAGAAAAUGCGUUUAGCCUAUUUCCAUUUUUUCUACAGGAGAUUAGCAUAAUUAUAAAAAUUCAAGCUUUAACAGAAAUAUUUGACCAUCUUUUAUCGCCUCCGUGAGAUAUCCUCUUGAACUCCUCAUUAAAAAUGUAUGCUACUCCGGAGGUUCCAGCUAGUUCUAUUCAAAGCAUAAUCUCGAAGGGGUUAAUUAAGGCGCCACCUGUUAUAGCCUAUACUGUGACCUAUAACGAGCCCUACGUUUUGCCAUUUCCUGUAAUAGUAAUAUUACUAUAAUAACGAAAACCUUAGAUACAUUUUAAAUGCGAACAAUCACAAUUUGAAUGCUACAAUAAUCAUAGCCUCAUCAUAUCUUUCUUCAAACGAAGCAUGAUACCUUAUUUGGUUUAAAAGAAAGAUGGCAUUGUUUUUGCAUAGAAUAAUUGAAGUAGGCUAAUAUCACUCUGACACGUUUUCGUUAUUAAAGUUUUUAACAGCGUGACAGAAAGUGUGACUAUACAUACAUACUAUAUAAAUUCAAACUACAGUAGACUGAUCAAAAUGUAAAAAACUAUACAAAAACAAUGUCCAACUGUGAUUAGCCUAUCUUACAGUACAUGGCAUAUGAUAUGUACAUAACAGAAUUAGCCUAUAGGCCGAUGUGAUUUUAUCAAAGCACAUACUUCUCUAAACAUGUUUCUAUUCAAGUGUUUAAUGAUACUGUUGUCUCUUUAGCUAUUUCAUAUCAGGUUGUGAGCCAUGUGAAAUCAGGAUAUUAAGUAACCAGCUAUUCCUAUUUGAAGCCUGAGAUUUCCUGCAAAAGAAACUGAAGAUAGUUGCUGCGUUCCACACACAAGCUCAAAAAGAAAACCUGCCAAAAAGACAUGAAAGAUUAACAAGGGAAAAAUGUCAAGGCAUGCCAAAAAAAGAUACAAAAUAAGCUAUUUAUGUUUUCCAAAGUAACAGUAUCAGAAUAGAAUGCAGAGUUAGGCAUUUUGAAGAGCAAGAGGACAAAUUGCCCCUUUGGACACUUCAGCAAACGAUUACAUAUUUCAAGUUGGUUUUUCACCUUUCAAGGACUCCUCUUACAAAGAGAGCCCUCUUACUGUAUCAAGGUAUGGUAUUGAGGUCAAAUUGGCCUAGGAUCUUGCUUGAUUGCUAUGAGUUAAAUUGAUGUACUCAGUAAACGAUUCCUCUAGAGUGUACUGUUCAAGAGUGUUUCUCUGAAGAAUAUCUGACCUUUGUUUCUAUUUGGUAGAUGUGUGGCAGGUUGUCGCUGCCAAACUAUUGAACAUUGGAGAGAAUGUGGUCAAAACCCUGCUUUCCUUUAGUGCCACAAGUCUUUCAGGACCAUGGACAACUCCUAACUCCCAUGCAGUUCAUUCAGCACCAUAUAGGUCUAAGCCAGUCAGUCAGGACCACGGAGAGCUUCUACAUUAGCUAGACAGUUCCUAGCCUUGCUUGCCAAGUUUAGCGCAGAACAGACUACAGCUCAACCUGAGCUCACAACGCCAUCAGUCUCCUGCAGUAGAUACGUCAAUAAGGCCUGAUAGAGAAUGAAAGAGUCCUCACACAGUAGACACUUAUCCCUAACAUCAACAACUGCAUGAGAAUCUCUGCUAAGCUGGGUCUUUGCCCAGAAAGGGAUCCCAAUACUCUUUUCCAAAACAGUAGAAUCCUCACAAAAUACAACAUUUAGACAGUUUUUCAAUAUACACAGUUGUCCGUUUUUAGAAAGGCUUCAGGUCUUUAGAGAUUCUCCCAGCAACAACAUUGUACCAUCAUAGGAUACACAACAAUAGCUGUAUAACACAUGUAAAAAACACCAUUAAAAUGUGAUUUGGGUUUGGGACAUUAAAUAUCUUGCAUCAUAGAAAAAAUAAACUGGUGAAAUCCUUUGGAGAACCUUGCAGAGUUCAGAGAAGAUUGACAUUACAGCAGAAACUGGGGGCAGUGCUGGUAUUCACUGACUUGACACAAAUUGAUAAGUGUCACUAACCACAUAUUACACAGCUUUCACCAAUACAGCCAUGGCAGAUCAGCAAAUUCCUCCAAGAAGGGAGGAAGAAAGGAUCCAAUCUUAACACCUUCAAACAGGGCCUGUUUCUUCUGGAAUGCACCUCUUCUGGAAAUGUCCCUCACAAGAGAGAAAAAGCCUUCCUCUACAUACCUGCCAGUUCUGCCCAUUGACUCUUACUAGAGAAGCCAUAACUUCCAUUACUCAACUGGGGCCUCGUGAGUCGGCUAAUGACUAUCACAUUUUGUCUUCAGACAAUAAAUGAAAGAAUCAAAUCAAGCAAACAUUUGUGGAGCACCUUUUAAUAGCGCACAAUCCUCCUCAGCAGAUUACACACUGGGAGAGAAUGGACAUUACAGUGAAGGUAUACAAUAUUAUUAAUCCGAUGCCACGUUUCGGUGUCAAGGGAUGGGCUUCGACCUAGAUAUCUAAAGAGACAAUGAAAACCAGGGACGCGCCCCAAAUGGUAACAUAUUCCCUUUAUAGUGCACUACUUUUGAAAAGGGCCCACAGGGCUCUGUUCAGAAGUAGUGCACUAUAUAUGGAAUACUGUGCCAUUUCGGAUGCAGUCAGGGAAUAAAAUAAUAUUCGUUUGGAGGUAGGUCCAUUUCCAAUGACAUAAAUAAAUCCUCAAUGGAAAAUCUAACCUUUGUGACUAGAUUUGGAAAGCAAUCACAUUGAUCCAAUAUAAAAAGACUUGAGGUAAGGUAUAGUAGUUGAUUUUUGAACCAGUUACUCCUCUUCUUGUUAUGACCAAUGGGAACCAACACAUCAAUGCCUGACCAGAAGUCUACCUGAACUGCACAAAUCUAGAAUCAUCUUUGAUAAAGAACCUGGGUUUGGUUCAUUAGGGUAUGCUACAGAACCCAUUUUGAAACGUUUCGCAACAGAAAGCAAACAUGAGUGAUUAUUAUUGGAACAAAUCCAGGUAGUCACUCCACUUUCUUCAAUUUGGUACUUCACGAACAUGACAAAUGCUCUCUCAAACAUCAAACAUGAGUGGUAGUUUAAUCCUCCUUAUUGAAGCGCAUGUAUUUCAUACCAAGACAAACUCAAUUGGAACAUGCUGAUGAUUGGUUGAGAUAGACGCAUGUCAAUAGGUCUCCAAUCUUGAUAUCGAUAUCAUUUGAUCAUGAACAUGUCAUCGUGUUGUCAGGUGGUUCGUCAAGAAGUCAUUUUAUCAGCAAGCUCUCUCAGUGCUUUCCUCCAUUUCACAAUUAAAGACACUCUAGUUUAGUAGAACAUUUUUUUUACACUCCAUUUUGGUUUGAAUAUUGUCUGUAUGUUUUGUAUAUAUAAUAUUAAUAGAUGUAUGAACAUGUCCCUUAUUUCAGUUUGAACCCACACAAAUCCUUAGUUCCAGGCAAAGAUAUAUAUUGUGUUGCUCAAGGGUGUGGGGAGGUGUGCCACUUUCUGUCAAAUUAGGUAAUUGCUGGACAAUAUGUCUGUACAUUUUGGGGACCCCAUUUUGCACCCCCAGGGGCAAAAGAUUUUGUAUUGCCACUUUAAUGUACUUUCAUCAUAGUUUAUUUUACAUGAUUAGAAUUAUUUAGAGUAUAAGGAGUAGAAAACCCCAAAGAAUCAGAAACAUUCAACUGCAUUUGCCAUCUACAGUCAUAACAGAAUUUUACAAAUUUCAUGGCUGACUCAAGAUGUGCGUGUUGCAGCCAUCCGCCGACAAAUCUUCUUCUGCCAAUCCCAAUCGGAUAAGGAAUUCUCCCCAAGUCCUGCCUACUUAUCAUGAAAAGUUUACUGUUUGGGGAGAUGUGUGCUGACACUGAGUCACCGGGGUAGAAUCCAUAAUCAUCCAAGGCCUCAGCAGGAUGGCGACACAGGGCACAGGGUCAAAUUGGACUUUAGCCCACUUUUCCACUGUGUUCACAUUCCCUGAUCGGAAACUCCAAACUGAAAUAAGGGACGUGUUCAUUCAGCACCAAAUGGAGGGAACGGGACUGAAACCGGAAGGGACAACCUGGACUCGUCCAAUACGAAACGCAAAUGUUGGUUUCCGUUGCAAAACAUUUCAAAACGUUUCUGUUAUGUGCUCUAAUAAACAUGACCCGUGCAGGAAUGUGCCUCAACAGCAAGACAUGUCCCCUCUAUAAGAUGCCAAUGAAAUUGUAUUAAAAAAAUAAAUAGCCAGCGUCAUGGGGAGCUCUGCCAGUGAAAAAAUUACUUUGGAGGGCAUUGUGACCUAUUGAACAUCAGUGGGGAGGCUCGUCAACGAUUUUAGGAGAGCAGGCGAGUGCACCGCGGUGGGCCUGAUUAAUGCUGAGCACCCUCCCACUUCAAAUAUUUCCCUGAGUCAUUAAGUUUUCUGUCGACAAUGAAACUUUCCCUCUCUCUGUCUACUAAUUGACAAGGUCAAUUCCACUUGGUUAUUAAGUCUACAUGGUUGACUUAGUGGCCUCCCCGGUCAAUGCUAUCAUGUUGAGAGUCUACAAGGAUUCCCUCAGGAGUCUAAAGAGGUCUCUCCAAUUUACUGAGUAAAGAGACACCUCUGGCAUCUAAAUGACUUCCUUGGAAUGUUAACCCUGCAGUGACUGAUGUCUUAGUAAAGUUUAAUUGUUGCUGAAGUAAUUGUUAGAUCAUCAUUUAUUCAUCUCAAAGACUCAAACUACUGUGGCAGCCGGCAGGGAGAGGUGAGGGGAGUGGUAAUUGAGGAGAGAUAUCUUGCAGGUUGCUGGAUCCACCCACAAGCCUUAUAUUGAUUUCCUGCCCCAACGAGGCAAGACUGUAGCUCGUUAAGCCAGGAUCACUUAAUAAUGCUUGAGGAUAAAGGAGGAAGCAGCCUGCAAAAAAAAUAAUAACAUAUAUAUUUUUUAAAGCAUACUAUCUGUGAGAUUACACGUUGUGACCUGGACUGUCGGACUAACCGAGGACCCGAGUGUGAGGAUUACCCCUGGAAACCAGAACAGACUAAGAGAACGGCUUGUGAACUGUGAGGUGAUUGGUGAAUUCCCCCUUCUUUCACCGUGUACGAAAAUCCCUAAUAAACUUCCCCUUUGCGGUCUA